CGGACGUAUGGCAGCAGCCGCCUGUGCCGGGGCCAGAGGAACCCCUGCAACGGCUCUGAGGAGCUCGCCCCGCUGUGCCCUGAGAAUGCUGCCUGUGCCCCGGACGGCCCCGGCCUCUCGCAGUGCCUCUGUGCCAGCCCCUUCCACGGCUACAAGUGUCUGCGGCAGGGCGCCUUCCCUGUGCCGCUCUUCUGCAGCGUGCUGGGGACGGUGACAGCAGCGCUGAGCCUCGCACUAUGGGGCACCCAGCGCCGGCACGCUGCAGGGCCGUGACCGCGAUUGGAGAAGAGGUGUGGGAUGCGACCACACCGCGGGGAACGGGCUGAAUAAAGUGCGCGGUUGUGAUCCUGUGUGUCUGCUCUGCUGCUGGCGCUGCGUGGGUGCGGGAUUGGCGGAUUGGCUUCACAGUGCCCGGUCCUCCAGCAUCGGUUCGGCCGGGCCGUGCGGGAGCGGAGGGGACCGAAAGGAAAGCCCGCGGUCGGAGGUGUGAUGGGGGG